ACAAAACUAGAAAUCUUCCUUGUGUAGGUGGCGCUGUUGUCCUUGGUUUUUCUGAAAAAAUGGCUGACACGAAAUUGUAUGACAUCCUAAAUGUGGGUAGAAAUGCCUCUGAAAGUGAGAUUAAAAAGGCAUAUUAUAAAUUAGCAAAGGAGUUUCACCCUGACAAGAAUCCUGAUGCUGGAGAAAGGUUCAAAGAAAUAAGCUUUGCCUACGAAGUCCUAUCAAACCCAGAAAAAAAAGAGAUAUAUGACAGACAUGGUUUACAGGGUAUUAAAGAAGGUGGACAAGGAGGAGGUGGUUUCGGAGCAGGCAUGUUUGAUGAUAUUUUUGGAAGUUUCUUUGGUUUUCCUGGAAUGCCAGGAAUGUCUGGUAUGGGAGGAGGGGGUAGAAGAGGAAGGCGACGGGGAGAAAAUACAAUGCAUCCACUAAGAGUAACUUUAGAAGAUUUGUAUAAUGGAAAAGCUGCAAAAUUACAAUUAAGUAAAACUAUUAUCUGUAAGAAGUGUUCAGGGUUAGGAGGUAAGCAAGGAGCAACAAUCAAAUGUAGGGUAUGUCAAGGUCGUGGUAUUAAAGUCACAUUACGUCAACUAGGACCAGGUAUGGUACAACAAAUGCAGUCAGUUUGUCCAGAUUGUCAUGGAGAAGGUGAGAUAAUCAAUGAGAGAGAUCGGUGUAAAGAAUGUAAAGGAAAGAAAGUUAGUAAUGAAACAAAAAUCUUAGAGGUUCAUGUUGAUAAAGGAAUGCAGGAUGGACAGAGGAUUACAUUUAGAGGAGAAGGAGAUCAACUUCCUGAUGUUGAUCCUGGUGAUGUUGUUAUUGUCUUACAACUAAGAGAACAUGAUAAAUUUGUACGAGAUCAUGCAGACUUGUCUUAUACACAUAGUAUAGGUUUAACAGAAGCUUUGUGUGGUUUUAGUUUUAGUUUAAAACAUCUGGAUGGACGGGAUCUCGUUAUCAGUAAUCCACCUGGAGAGGUUAUAAAACCAGGUCUGAUAAAAACUGUUGUUGGUGAAGGAAUGCCUAUGUAUAGAAAUCCUUUUGAGAAAGGUGAUAUGUAUAUUAAAUUUGAUGUCACCUUCCCACCUAAUAAUUUUAUUCCUGCUGAGAGUAUGAAGAAACUUGAAAAACUCUUGCCAGAAAGACCCAAAUAUGAAAAACCUACAGGUGAACAUGUUGAAGAAGUUGAUUUGAUCCCCUAUGAUCAGACACGAUCAAACAGAUCUGGCAGACGUGAAGCCUAUCAUGAUGAUGAUGACGAGGAUGAUGAAAUGCAUGGAGGUGGACCCAGAGUUCAAUGUGCCCAUCAAUAGAAAAUUUUAAUUAGGUGUAUAUUUCUUAAUCUGAACAAUCCCAUCUAAGUAAGUUUAUUUUUUAUAAAAAAAAUGACUUGAAGCUCUUGAAAAUAACAGUACAAGUAUCCAGUGUAGUUUUUAUUCAUCAUUGUCUUAACCAGCUAACAACUUGCAUUGUUACUUAGAAGCCACCAUUUUCUAUUUGCACUGACUGUUGAUGCUAUUUAUUAAUUUUUUUUUUUUUUUUAAACAAAGUCAUUUUUAUUUUGUUUAUUUUGUUGGGUGGAUGUGGCAUUGUUGGCUGGAAAGAAAGAAUGGGAUACUAUAAAGGAGGUCAAGCGAUCAUAUAAGUUUUCAUUUAUACAAAAAGUCAUGUUUAGUUAAAUUCAGUUUGAAUAUGUUUUAACUGAAAACCUAAUAAUAGACUAGAAGUAGUCUUAUCAAUCACUACUGUUUGUUUCUUGUAUAUUCCUCUAAAACAGUUGUAAAUUCUUUUAAGUGUGAAAGCAGCAAUGUCCAUGUAGUACCAUUACACUUAUGUCAUCUAUCAAUUGAAAUUUUGUAUUUUGGUUAUCCUUUAUGAUCAUCAGUACUAUAUUUUUCUAUGCUUAUUGUUUUUAUAAAACAGUAAUGUUCAUGCAUUAUGUUGCAAAUAUAUUGGGUUACUACUAGUACUACAGGAUUGAAGAGGAACUGGGUUCCAUAAUUAUAUUGCUGGUUUUCUUAUUACACAAGAAAUACUGUUUAUUUUAUUCAAACAGUAAAUUAUUUCACAGAUAACUAUCACAAUACUAAAGUUAUACACUUUUCCAUCAAUUGUCAUUUAUACUGAAUAAUAAUUAGGACAUAGAAGGAAUGUGAAUAACCUUUGUACUUUGAUAAGCCUUCCAUGUUAUAAAUGUAGUUGUAAUUGGCUGUAAUUCUGUUUAAAGUGUGUUUGAGAGUGUGAGUAAUGUAGUUAUAUAUUAUAUAUCAUCAAUAGGCUUGAACUUGUAAUUUUAAUAAUUAUGUAUUUUCUUAAGGUUGGUAAGUAAAUGUAUAUAAUUGUCCCCCGCCUUUCGAAGAAAGCAGGGGACUAUUAAAAUGGGUUCGUCCGUCUGUCUGUCUGUCUGUCUGUCUGUCUGUCCGUCUGUCUGUCCUUCUGUCUGUCCGUCUGUCUGUCCGUCACACUUUUUGGGACACAAUAACUCUCUUCCUAAUUGGGCUAGAAUGUUCAAACUUGGUGUAUGUGUUGAUUAGGUCAAUGCCUUGAUGGAGUUCGAAGAUGAGCAUUUUCCGCUUAGGGUAAGCAGAGAUAAGCAAUUUGAUUGGUUGAUGCUUUGGGACACGAUAACUCUCUUCCUAAUUGGGCUAGAAUGUUCAAACUUGGUGUAUGUGUUGAUUAGGUCAAUGCCUUGAUGGAGUUCGAAGAUGAGCAUUUUCCGCUUAGGGUAAGCAGAGAUAAGCAAUUUGAUUGGUUGAUGCUUUGGGACACGAUAACUUUUAAUUGAGCUAGAAUGUUCAAACUUGGUGUAUGUGUUUAUUAGGUCAAUGCCUUGAUGGAGUUCGAAGAUGAGCAUUUUCCGCUUAGGGUAAGCAGAGAUAAGCAAUUUGAUUGGUUGAUACUUUGGGGCACGAUAACUCUCUUCCUAAUUGAGCUAGAAUGUUCAAACUUGGUGUAUGUGUUGAUUAGGUCAAUGCCUUGAUGGAGUUCGAAGAUGAGCAUUUUCCGCUUAGGGUAAGCAGAGAUAAGCAAUUUGAUUGGUUGAUGCUUUGGGACACGAUAACUUUAGUUCUAAUUAAGUGAGAUUGAUGAAACUUGGUGUAUAGUUUCAUUACAGUAAUACCUUGACUAAGUUUGAUAAUGAGCAUUUUCUGCUCAGGGUAAGCAGAGCGAUACGCAAUUUGAUUGGUCGAGACUUUGGAAAACAAUAACUCUCCUACUUUGAUUGUUAGACUAUAAGUAAAGAUAUACUGUUUGAUUGUUCAAUACUUUGUAAAAGAUAAUUUGUGAUAAAUUUAUAUGUGUCCUCUAAUUAUUUUCCUAUUUCGGCGGGGGACAUCAGCCUCACUGUUGGCUUGUUUAAUAAAUAUGUAUAGGAUAAUGGAAACGGUUGAUGUGUAUUAUAUUGUGCAAAACAUCAAAACUAUUGAGGCUCAUUUUAUUAACCAUUUAAAAAAGCCACAAUUUUGAUAAAUCUUGCAUUUUAAUGCCAUACUUUCUAAAAAUACACACAUGGUAUAGUGCUCAUUAGUUACCUAUUGGAAUCGAAAUCCUUUUUUCUCAAAUAUUUUUUAUUCUCUACAUAUGUGAAACGAUUUAUGGUCAAUAAUUUAAAAACUUUUAUUCUCUACAUAUGUGAAAUGAUUUUAAUAUUCAGUAAUAAUAUAAUAAACAGUUUUAUGCCUA